UUGGCGGGAUUAUGAAACCCUACAGCGAAUCAUUUUCCCGCUCCUCUCUCUCCCUCUAAUUCACUCAUCUCUUCAACUCAAUUUUUCACUUUCUCUCAUUUCUCUGCAAGCAAAAUCCACAUGUAUUUUCAGAUCUGAAAAUCAAUGGAACUUCAACUAACCUCAUUCUCCGACACGGCCAUUUCCGACAUACAUAAAGCAUGGCACAUUUUCUCUCUUCUAUUAUCAACAGGACGACCAGCUCAGCCAUCGGAGCUUUCAUCCAAAUGCAAGUUAUUUUCUGCUUCGCCGGAGUUCAUCGUAUUUCUCUGUUCGAUUCCUAAUUCUCCUCUCCAUUUGACGAGCAAUUACUUCGUCACGUUUUCUUCCAUUGGAUUCACAUCAACCGUUAAAUUCUUCGCGAAUGCGGAUGCGGUUCCGGCUUUUGUACCUCAGCUAGAGUUUCGGGAUCUCCGGAAUAGAGGACAGAGGGAGUGUAUAACUAGGACAUAUUAUAGGAAAAGGAAGAGAGCUGAAUCGAAGUUUGACUAUUCACAAAUGGUUAAUAAAAGAGGGUUUUUCAACAAUUUUGAUGGUAAGGGAAGAAAUCAAGUGAUGAUGCCUUUGCCUCCGAUGUCACGGAGGAUUUUUGGACAGGCAUAUCUCCCCAAUAACAAUUUGAGGUGUGGCAUGAACCAAUUGACAAGAAUACCAUUGCCAUUGGCUUGCAAUUUCAAUGGAUUUUAUGAAAUGUUCAGAACCUCUUGGAUAAUUGAUGGUAGUGCCAGACCAUCAAGUUCUGGAAUUAAGAGUAUUGAAUAUGAAUGCAAAAACAAGUUAGAGACGGGAGAGAACAGUAAUGAAGCAAAUUUUGUACAUAUACCUAUUUGUAAAUCUAAAGUUCCUACUCAUAGCCUGUUCAGUUCCCCUAGAUCAACGACAGUUGAACGUACCACAGGUUCCAUGCUUCAGUUAAAUCCAGACCCUGCCAGUUCAUUGGAAACCACAUCCACCUGUACAGCUUCUGAUAUGGUUGGUACUACAGAAAAGAAAAUAAACUCUUGCAUAGAUUUAUGUACUAUAGUGGACAAAGAAAUGGAAAUUUUGCCAUCUGCAGCUGAUGCUUCUGUCCACAACCUUGAAAGGAUGACUCAAAAGGAAAAUUUAGUUGAAGGCAACAAAGAAGAACCAGCUUUUGGUCCUGUUAGUAAUAGAAACGUUAACUGUACUGAGACUCAUCCGACAAAGGCUUUCGUAUCACCUCAAGAUGAUUUGCCUGCAGAGAAUGCUACCAAGGAACGCAGGACUUCACUUCUGCAGAGCCAUGCCAUCUUAACGUGCGCACAAUCAUUUGGUCAGAAGCAGCUGGGAAAGUCAUUCCCCAAUUCAAAAUCCCUUCAGAGGGAUGUAUUAGAUCACGGGGAGCUGAAGAAUUCCAAGGCACCAAAGGAUCAUAAUGCUGCCAGUCUGCUUCUCAAAAAAGAGCAACUCAGAAGAGACGCAAAGUCAAUCCCUGUGAAGCUGAAGCACAAACAGAACUAUGACUUGGGUAUGGGCAUCAAAGAGAGGAAGGAAAAUCCAAAAGAAAAUGUGGAGAAUUUCAUAUGUAACUCUGCAAAAAAUCAAUCAGAGCAAAAUCAAUUGCCUAAGUUUGAGUCUUACAUUGUGGAGGAAGAAGAGGGUUCAGGUGGUUAUGGGACGGUGUACAGGGCAAGGAGAAAGAGUGAUGAAGUGAAAUUUGCAAUUAAAUGUCCUCACCCAAAUGCUAACAUACAACAUGUCCAUAAUGAGUUAAAGAUGCUCGAGCGCUUUGGGGGAAGGAACUGUGUCAUUAAGUAUGAAGGAUCAUUCAAGAAUGGAAAGUCCGACUGCCUUGUUCUAGAGCAUGUCGAGCAUGAUAGACCAGAGGUUUUGAAAAGAGAUAUGACUGUUUCCCAACUUCGGUGGUAUGGCUUUUGCAUGUUCAGGGCACUUGCUGGUUUACACAAACAGGGUAUUGUUCACAGAGAUGUUAAACCUGGAAACUUUCUUUUUUCAAGAAAGGUUGAUAAAGGCUACCUCAUUGACUUUAACCUUGCCCUGGAUCUGCACCAAAAAUAUGGAACAUCAGACAAGACAAAGUCGAGCAAUGCUACUAGCUUUAAUAGUGAUCAUAUUUCCCUUGCCAAGUCUCUUCCUCCAAUAAAACAGAAAAGAGACUCAACUAUAAAACUUGAGGAAGGCAUCAAUGAGGAAGCAGCAAAAGGCGUUAAGUCUCCAAUAAGAUCCAAAAACCUUAAAAGGAAGGCUGGCCAAGAAAAGGUUGGCACUGAUAUUGCAUGUAGGAGUAUUAGAAAAAGUCAAGGUGCUGAUGGUUCGGGGAUUACCUCAGCAAAGGAUGCCACAAGCAAUAGGACUCCAUCAGCAGAAAGGUUGAGAGAACCCCUUCCAUGUACUGGUAGGAAGGAACUGAUUAACCUAGUGCAGGAAGUACGCCAACGUUCAAGCCAUGCAGAUAUGAGCGGUCCAACUUCCAAGAGAAAGCGGGUUGCUGCAACUCCAGGAAAAGUAGAAAAGAAGUAUUACAUAACUCCAAUGCCAUUGCAUUCAUCUGGAAGUGCCAUUGGUGGUGCUGGUUUACUGAAAAGCAAAGGGGACCGGAAUCAAAAGCGAGAAGGACCCUGUGUUGGAACUAAGGGUUUCAGAGCUCCAGAGGUUCUAUUCAGAUCAGUACAUCAAGGUACAAAACUUGAUAUUUGGUCAGCUGGAGUCACUCUACUCUAUUUCAUUAUUGGCCGAACACCAUUUGCUGGAGAUCCUGAACAGAACAUAAAGGAAAUAGUGAAAUUGAAAGGAAGUGAAGACUUGUGGGAAGUGGCCAAACUACACAAUCGAGAGUCUUCAUUUCCAACGGAUUUAUUUGACACAAAAUCUCUAUCGCCUGUAAAAUUACGAGAGUGGUGUUCAAGAAACACCCGAAAAUCAGAUUUUCUAGAGAGCAUUCCACAAUCACUUAUUGAUCUUGUGGACAAAUGUUUAACAUCAAACCCAAGAUUGAGGAUUAGUGCAGAGGAAGCCCUCUGGCAUGACUUCUUUGCUCCAUGCCACGAGACGUUGAGAAAGCAGAAGCUGCAUCGUCAAAGGUUUAGCCAAGAGUCCCAACACUUAGGAUCUACACUUACUCUACCAGAAAAUUCUCAGUCAUGCGGAGUAGUAUUGUAAACAAGGUACAAGUAGCUUUUUGAAGCUUUUCUUCCUGUUUACCAGUUUUCAUGUAAAAAUAGCUAACCAAUGAAUGUAAUUCAUUCAACAACUCUUGAAUCUAGUGUAGUCAUAUGCUUUACUGAUGUUUGUAUCUAUAAGUAGUUCAUAGAAACUCAGCGCUAUUUUCUGCUGCCUUUUUAAACUGUGACUGGAAUCAAUUGUUGUCAUUCAAAGAAGUGAAUGAAAGCGUUUUACAGGUUUAGGUGAUUA